UCAUGUAUGUGUGGCUGCGUAUGUCGCCUCCUCUCCUUCACUAGUUUGCUUCAUUCCUCCACCUCUGCUCACCCCCCAGCGCUGGCAGCAGUAUGGCAGCAGCGGCCCCAAACCCGGACGACUCCUCCAGGAGCGGUGGCAGCAGCGGCACCAGCACACCCAGCAGCGCCCUAGCCGGAGACGGAGACACGGAAGAGGCCGAGGACUUCACCUCCUCCUCCCACUGCUCGGAGCUGUCUCGGCGGCAGAACGAGCAGAGGAAGCAGGGUUUGUUCUGCGACGUGACGCUGGCCUUCAGCAGCGGGGUGGCAACCGGGAGCGUCCAGAGCUGUGAGUUUUCUGCACACAGGUCCGUCCUGGCUGCAGCCACCGACUAUUUCACGCCUCUGCUUGGUGGGCAGUUCUCCGAGUCCUUGUCCGGACGGGUGGAGAUGAAGGAAUGGAGCUCAGAGCUGGGGCCGGAUCCAGAGACGGUGGAGAGUGUCAUCCAGUAUAUGUACACCGGGGAAAUACAUGUGAGCACCUGCAACGUACAUGAAGUGUUGGAGCUAGCUGAUAGGUUCCUCCUGGUGCAGCUGAAGGAUUUCUGCGGUGAGUUCCUGAAGAAGAAGCUGAGCUUGACCAACUGCGUGGCGGUGCACAGUUUAGCUCACAUGUACACUCUGGACCAGCUGGCUUUACGGGCUGCAGACAUGAUUCGCCGUAACUUCCAUAAGGUCAUCCAGGAUGAGGAGUUCUACACGCUGCCCUUUCACCUGGUCCGUGACUGGCUGUCUGAUGCAGAGAUCACAGUGGACUCUGAGGAAGUGUUGUUUGAAGCUGUGGUCAAGUGGGUGCAGAAGAAUCCAGACGAGCGAAGCCGCUACUUCGAGGAGCUUUUUCGUCUCCUCAGACUACCCCAAAUCAAGCCCACCUACCUGACCAGGGUGGUGAAAAAUGAGCAGUUGGUGGCCGCCAAUGAGGCGUGUCUCCGGCUGGUGUCAGAGGCAGUAGAGGGCCACGCUAUUCGCUUUGAGAACCUUAAGUCAGCUGAUAUGGAGUUCUGGUCCUCCCACAUGGCCUCCUUUCAGCCUCGCUUUGGCCAGAACAUGGACGUUAUCAUGGUAGUGGGAGGUGUGUCAGAGGGUGGGGACUACCUGAGCGAGUGUGUGGGCUACUUCAUUUACGAGGACCGUUGGGUCAACCUGCCGCACAUCCACAACCACCUGGACGGCCACGCCAUCGCUGCCACGGAGUCCCACGUAUAUGUAGCUGGUUCUAUGGAGCCGGGUUUUGCGAAGACGGUGGAACGUUACAACCCGAAUCGCAACACCUGGGAGCAGGUGAGCAACCUGACCACACGCAAGCACUCCUUUGGCCUCACCUGCAUUAAGGAUAUCUUAUACAGCAUCGGUGGCCACGGAAACUUCAGUCCAGGUUUCAAAGAUGUCAGUGUGUACGAGCCGGAGCAGGACAAGUGGCACAAUCUGGAAUCUGCCCCCAAAAUCCUGCGGGAUGUGAAGGCAGUGAGUGUGGAGGACCGCUAUGUGUACGUCACGGCACGCACACCUGUGGACACAGAUAAUGAGGAUGGACUGAAGACGGUGACCACUCGCUAUGACACAGAGAGCCGCCAGUGGCAGGAUGUUGACUCCCUUCCCCUUAUUGACAACUAUUGCAUCUUCCAGAUGGCUGUGGCCUCCACUAACUUCUACCACACGGCCUCCUGCUGUCCUAAGAGCUACACAGUGCGGGAGGAGGUUGCCAAACAAAAGAUCAGCGUUCGCAUCUCUGAUGAGAUCCUGGAAAGCCUGCCACCAGAAGUUACCAGCAUUGAGGGCGCCGCUAUCUGCCAUUUUGAUGAGGAUGUCUUCAUCAUCGGAGGUUGGAAGAACAGUGACGACGUAGACAAGCAGUACCGCAAGGAGGCGUACCGCUACUGUGCUGAGAGGAAGCGCUGGAUGCUCCUGCCGCCCAUGCCUCAGCCUCGUUGUCGAGCCACCGCCUGCCAUGUCCGCAUCCCCUAUCGUUUCCUGUACGGCUGCCAGCGUUACCCCAUGCCCCAGAACCUGGCCCGCCAACGAGAUCGCAUGCAGCAAAUGCAGCAGCUUCAUCGGCGCACCCUCACCCUGCGCCGACAGCUCCAGUCACAGAUAGAGUGCUGAGCAAGAGCAUGUUCGCUCCAUCCAAGAACUUCACGGCUCUGUUCCGAGGAUAAACUUCAACCCACCAUUCCACCACCCUCCCCAUUCAUUCAUAACAUGCUACAGCGGGUCAUGCGUUGCUCUCAUACUGGAUUUCAUCAAAUGGAAAUCUGUGCCAUUGGCUCUCAUGUUGUGUUGUGUUGAUGGCUGAUUUGUCGAAAGCCAUGAAAUGUGUGGGCAGGUCAGGUGUGCACUGACCAGCUGGUGGUCUGUGUGAAGGUAUAUGGCGAAUGUAAACAUGUGAAUAAGAGUGUUAUAUGGCAGCCAACAACUGAAUUCCUUUUAGUCAAGUAUGUUGGUAUAGAUGCUGUUUAUCUGUUUGUACAUGAAGAGUAAAAAACUGUAUAUGUAUACAUUGAUAUGGAUAUUUUACAUUCCUCUAUUGUAUGCCUGUAACGGGACGUCUUAUGUAACAUUAGUAAUAACUGCAUUCCUGUUUUCAUUCCAACUUGCUUAAUGAAGUUUCAUUCCAUUGUAACACUGUGACAAUCUCUUAAUGCAAGGAUAACAUUGGUCCAAAAAGUUUCUCUUCAUUAUCGCUCUUGUAGAAUUGCUCUGCUUGUUACUCUGUAGCCUCCAUAACAAAAAAUAUGAAUGGGUUCUGCUGAAAGGCUGUUAAUCUUAAAAUCCUGUAGACUAGUUUGCUUUUAGAUUGCAGUUUCACUCCCCAACAGUUGUACAGAGUAUAUCAGUCUUUUGUGCUGCUCAUGUAACACAUCUCCAAGUUUCUGAAGAGGAUGACAUGAUCAAGGAACUGUUAUGUCCAAAUCAGGCUUAAAAGAUGAGAUGAAAUCAUUCCUUUUUGAAUUAUCUUAAAGUUCAAGCAUUUAGUUUGGCCGCUGCGAUAAGCACCAAUCAUUGGCAAUGGCUCAAUCAUUCCUUUCUUUUGCACUUUGGCAGUCGAUUGCUCAGUGUAUUCCGAUUCAUUCAAGAAAGAUACUUAGAAAAUGUGUACAUGUGUGAGUGCGGGAAUGUGUAUGAUUUGAAGAAGGCUCAGUUGUUUAUCUGCAAAGAAUGGUAAAGAGCUUCUCUAGAGCUGCACUUUUUUGACAUCCAACUUUUAAAGUCUUAAAAAAGCAUUAUUGGGAUUUAAGUUGCCACUGCACUUUGACUUUGCUUAUGUUAUUAAUUUUAAUAUCAGACAAGGUGAUUGUAUUUUGGAAAUGAAUUGUUUUAUCCAGCUCACAUCAAGUCGGGUUUGAUCUUUGAUAAAAAAAAAAGAAAAAAAAGAACAUGUCAUUAUCUGGUGUUUUGUUUCCUACAUUAAAUGUCUUGUAAAAGUUUGUGUUACUGUACAUCACUUCCAGCUGGGUGUAUAUUAGAGAUCAGCUAUGUUGUCCUGUGGUCUCCUUUCACCCUCCAAAAAUACUUAAAUAUCAACUGAAAAGAAACCAGACCUAUAGGCAAGACUUGUUAUAUGAAUGUGUUAUGACUGACAUUCAAAAAAAAAAAAAGAAUCCCCCGAUGUCGAUGCAGUGCCUGUUACAGAGUGCAGAAACUAAAACCAUUUUCACUUUAUGACCAACCUAAAUAGCACUGCAAGUGG